AUGCUGUUUCCAUCAACACAACCGUCACAUAUACCAUCGUCUACUGUUGAUUCACAAUACGAUACAACAACAACAACAACAGGUUAUUCAUCAUCGUUUUAUACACGAUGGCCACGAUCACUUGGUAAAACUUAUAAUACUGCUAGGAAUAGUAAUUCUACAUCACGUCGACAUCAUCAUUAUCAAAAUAAACCAUGUUCAGAUAUAUUACAUUAUCAAUAUGGACGACAACAACAACCAAUCUAUUCAACACUCAGUCCACAACGAUCAUCAAUAAAUAAUAUUUUGCCGAUGUCAAAUGAUGGUCCUGGUGGAAGUGGACGUCAACGUAAUCGUCAUUCAAAUUGGUCUAGUUUAGGUAGUCUGAAUAGUUUUGGUGAAUCGACAACAACACCACCAUCAUCACAAGAACAUACGGGUAGUAGUGGAAGUAAUACAAAUGGUAGUGGACAACAACGUGAAACAUUACAUAGUCGAUUUGAUUUUAAACAAACAUUAGGUAAAGGUACAUAUGGAAAAGUAAAAUUAGCAUUAGAUAAACGUAAGAAUGAACAAGUUGCAAUAAAAACAAUAAAAAAAUCACGUAUUGAAAAUCCACAUGAUUUGGCAAGAAUUCGACGUGAAAUUGAUUUUAUGACAAGUCUUAAUCAUCCAUAUAUCAUUAAAGUAAAAGAAGUUUAUGAAAGUCGUGAAAAAAUUAUUCUUGUCAUGGAAUAUGCAAGUGGUGGAGAAUUAUAUGAUUAUCUUAAUCGUAUGAAACGUAUACCAGAAUCUCAAGCACGAGCUAUUUUUCGACAAAUAGUUUCAGCUGUUCAUUUUCUUCAUAAAAAUCAAAUUGUUCAUAGAGAUCUUAAAUUAGAAAAUAUUUUAAUUGAUCAUAAUGGUGAUAUCAAAUUGGCUGAUUUUGGUUUAAGUAAUAGUUGGUCGCCUCGUCGACUAUUACAUACCUUCUGUGGAUCGCCAUUAUACGCAUCACCAGAAAUCGUUUCCGGUAUUCCAUAUUACGGUCCUGAAGUUGAUUGUUGGUCAUUGGGUGUUUUACUUUAUACACUUGUUUUUGGCUCAAUGCCCUUUCAAGGUGGUGAUUAUAAUCGACUCGUACGAAAUAUAACUUCAGGCGAUUUUAUACAACCUCGUGAACAAUCAGGCUCACUCGGUCUUAUACGUAAAUGUUUAACGGUAUUACCAUCAAAACGUUUUACUAUUGAUGAUGUUGCAACACAUUGGUGGGUUAAUCUUGGCUAUAAAUAUCCACCUGUUCAUUAUUAUCUUACACCGGCAAUGAAACAAAAUGGGAUGUCUCUAUCAUCAGAUAAACCAGCAAUAUCAUACGAUAUAUCAUCAGUAAAAACUACUAAAUCUAGUUCAAAAACUGUUAAACCAUCUGCACCUGUUUAUUUUCAAUCGUUACCAGUACAAAAUGGUCAUAAAACAGAUACUCAAAUGAAAUCUAAACCAAUAAGAAAUGGAUAUAAUUCAAUACCACGAACAAAUCGAUUGAUUACAAAAACUGAUCAAAUAUCAAAAACAAGCCGACGGACAUCUAAAGAACGAUAUCAUGGUGGUGCACUUACACUUAUACAACAUUGCUUGAAAUCCGAUGCUAAUAAUCGUGCUACAACAAAAGAUAUUCUUCAUCAUAAAUGGUUAACACAUGGACCUGUUCUUUCUGUACAAUUAACUUCAACAACAACAGCAUCAUCUAUUUCAUUUAAUAAUCAACAAACAUCAAUUAAUUAUGAUACAAAUCAUUUACGAUCAUUACCAACAACAACAACAAGAACAACAAUUGAAAGUUCUCUAUCACCAACAAAUUCACUUGUUGAACUUGAACUUCAUACAAGUUCAUUUUUUGAUACAGCUCGAUUACGUGAUAAUUCAUCAGUAAAUAAAGAUCAACAACGACGUAAUCGAGUAUCGGCUAUACCAAUAUCUACACGUUAUCUAUCAUCAAAUAAUACUAAAAUAGAUCCAUCUUUAUUAUCUCGUCCAACAUAUCGACGACCAGUAAGUUUAUCUAUUGAUGAUCAAUAUUCAACAAAUGAAAAAUUGCAAAAACAAUCUGUUAAUAAUCGAAAUUCUCAACAAACACUUUCAUUACCACCACCACCACCAACACCAACAACAUAUGAUAAUAAUAAUCGAUACCAUUCAUUACAAAUAGCACAACCAUUAACAUUACCUUUAUCAUCUGAAUCAACAACUAUAAUACCAUCAACAUUUCUUAUUUCAAAUGAUUUUGAUUUAACAUUAAAUGAUCUUAAAUCUUCAAAAAUUUAUAAAUAUAUAACACCACCAAAAACUGAAUUUAAUAUUACACCAUAUUUUCCAAAUUCAACAACAACAAUAACAACAACUGUUGCACCAUCCGUUUUUACAACAUCAGCUAUUAAAUUUGUUCCGGUACCUACUCGACGUAUGAGUCCAUUAAAAGAUCAAGAAAAUAAUUCAUCAACAACUCCAGCACGACUAUUUAAUAAUACUAUUUCUAAUCCGUCUUAUAAUAAUGAUAAUAGUAUUAAUAUUGCUCCUAUUACUAAUACUACUACUACUAAUAAUAAUAAUAAUAAUAAUAGUGAACAACUAUUAACUACACUUGCAUUACCAACAUCAUAUAACACACAUAAAAAUCGUCUACUAGAUGAUAAUAAUAAUUUAGUUUCAUUAAAAGUAUAUGAGUAG